UUUUAUAAAAACACACAAGGACAACUAUGACAGAAAUAAUUGAAUUACGUCCUAAUAGAACUUUGAUAAAUUCAUCUUUUGAAAAGUAUCAAUUUUCUACUGAUGCUGUUUCUAUAAUUUCUGAAAUCAAACUAAAAAAUCAGGUAUACAGAAUAGAACCAAAUCAUAAUCAAGAAUCCUGGUUAGAAGCAAGACUAUUUGCAUUUCAUAAUCAUUUAUUUAAAAAUGUGUAUGACAUGUCGUGUUGGUUUAUUGAUAAAGAUUGGAUUGUUUGGCGUUUAAAUAAGGAGAAUUCCUUGGAUCAAAUGUAUAAAUUACAUACUGCAGACAUAGACUUGUCAAAACUAAUGUACAAUCCAUCAAUUGAAUUUACUUUAAAUAAGAUUUCAGUAGUUUCUGAUGGCGGUGAAAAACUAGAGAUAUUAAUAGGAAAUACAGAACAGAAUAUGAAAGUUUUUUCACUGGGUCCUAUAGAACCUGGAGUUAUUAUGAAUGUGCAAUAUAUAGAAAAAGAUUUAAAGAUUAUUGUAACUAUGUGUACAAUUGCACAAAAUGAUGAAAAAAAAUAUACACAGCUCACAUUGUUAUCCUAUACCUUGCAAUAUGUGGAAAAUGAGAUAAAGAAUAUUUAUCACACAGACAAACAGUUAUUAAAGGUACAAGGUACUGUAGAUUAUGUCUACGUGGAAAAAAAUGGUAAUUAUUUACAUUCCAUCUGUCAAAAUAAUAUUGAUUUUGUAAAAGAAGAUACACAAGAAUCUAAAGAUGAAAUAAAACAGUCAAAUAUUGAUUUACAAAUAAAGACUCCAAAAUAUUACUGGUCACAAGAUGAAGAUUCGCUUACUGUUUGGAUUAAAAUACCUAAAUAUCAUACCAAUAAACAGCCUAAAAUACAAGUCAAGCCAUUAGAAUUGUCUGUUUUAAUGGAAAAUGAAAUAUUAAUACAAGGAGAAUGCCAACAUAGAUUAGAGGAGAAUAUGGCAACUUGGAGAUUUAAAGAAGAUACGUUGCAAAUUGAUCUAAGUAAAUAUGAAAGUGGAUUAAUGUGGAGUGAAUUAAUCAAAGGUGAUACAGGAGGUGAAUGUUUACCCAAUGAUGCUCUUGCUGCAGAAAUUCAUACAAGGCUAGCACACUUAUGUACAGAUCAGAAUAGUAAUACUGGAGGGGAUCAACCUUGUGUAGGAUUUAAUGCUGAGCAGUUAGAAGAAUGUGACCUAGAAGGAAAGGAUAAUUUCUUACAAAGAAUUAAUUUUUCUAUACAAACAACGACACAUUUAGCCAGAUUGGGAAGCAAUAAUCAUGUGCUAUUCACAUGCAAAAGAAAAUAUGGGCAAGCAGUGUGCCUAAGGCAUGAUCACGAUGCUUGUGUUUGGAUAAUAGAUGAUGUGAGCGAUGAUACUCAAUGGGAUAUAAGACAUACCCACAAUUUUCCCAGAUUUGGCUAUGUCGAAGCAAGUAAAACUAAUAAAAAAUUUUGUGUGUCUCCAGCUGACGGUUCGUAUAUAGCUAUAGUAGAACAUACCAGACAUGUAUUUUUGUAUGAGAAACCUGAUGACGGAGCAAAGACAGCCAAGCAAAGAAUAAUAGAUCUAAAUUGUGAAACUUCUCCAAUUAUGGGUGCUGUUGCUACAAAAAAAUAUUUGUUUGUACUUUCAAAAGAUAAAUUAUAUCGUUUACAGAUUUAUUUAUGA